GAGAGAGAGAGCGAGAGGAAGAGAGAGAGGACAGAAAACCUUUGUUGCAACCGACCAACCCAAACCCCACCGCCACUGAUCGUGAGAACACGAUGGAAGUAAGCACGGAUCAGCCCCGGUGGGUCAGCCACCACCACCCGGCCGUCCUCAACGGGCAGCACCCGGACUCCCACCACCCCGGACUGGGACAUUCCUACAUGGAUCCCACCCAGUAUCCUCUGGCGGAGGAAGUGGAUGUACUUUUUAACAUCGACGGGCAAGGCAACCACGUCUCUCCGUAUUACAGCAACUCGGUUCGGGCGACGGUGCAGCGUUACCCCCCGGCCCAUCACGCAGGUGGUCAGGUGUGCCGCCCGCCAUUGCUGCACGGUUCUCUCCCUUGGCUGGAUGGGAGCAAGGCUUUGGGAAGCCACCACAGCACCGCCCCAUGGAACCUCAGCCCCUUCUCCAAGACCCCCAUCCACCACAGCUCGCCGGGACCUCUCUCCGUCUACCCUCCAGCGUCCUCCUCCUCUUUGUCUGCGGGCCACUCCAGCCCACACCUAUUCACCUUCCCGCCGACCCCUCCCAAAGAUGUCUCCCCGGACCCCUCCAUCUCCACCCCAGGCUCCACUGGGUCCAGCCGGCAAGAGGAGAAAGAGUGUAUUAAGUACCAGGUGUCUCUGGCUGAAACCAUGAAGCUGGAGUCUUCUCAUUCUCGGAGCAGCAUGGCCUCGUUAGGAGGGGCCUCUUCCUCAGCUCAUCACCCCAUCUCCACUUACCCUUCCUACGUCCCUGAAUACGGCUCUGGACUUUUCCCUCCCAGCAGCCUGCUGGGGGGAUCGCCGACCGGUUUCGGGUGCAAAUCCAGACCAAAAGCACGUUCCAGCACAGAAGGCAGGGAGUGUGUAAACUGUGGCGCUACCUCGACCCCACUAUGGAGGAGAGAUGGCACGGGGCAUUAUCUGUGUAACGCCUGUGGACUGUAUCAUAAAAUGAACGGGCAGAACCGCCCCCUGAUAAAGCCAAAGAGAAGGCUGCCCAAGAUGGAGAACUUUCUGGAGGGAGUAGAUCUGGGCAUCCCCGCCCAAAGUCUUAUCUGUCUGUACAGAAGAGGGUUUUUGAGAGAGCCCACCCCCCCUUUUUCACUAUGCCUGCCAAGUCAGCGGCAAGAAGGGCAGGAACAUCGUGCGCAAAUUGCCAGACCACCACCACCACCCUGUGGAGGAGGAACGCCAACGGAGAUCCCGUGUGCAACGCCUGUGGGCUGUACUAUAAGCUCCACAAUACCCCUGACUAUGAAGAAGGAAGGCAUCCAGACCCGAAACCGAAAAAUGUCUAGCAAGUCGAAAAAGUGCAAAAAGGUCCACGACACCUUGGACGAUUUCCCUAAGGGCGGCUCCUUCAACCCUGCCGCCCUCUCGAGACACAUGUCCUCCAUCAGUCACAUUUCGCCCUUCAGCCACUCGGGUCACAUGCUCACCACGCCGACCCCGAUGCACCCGCCUUCCAGCUUGUCCUUCGGACCUCACCACCCGUCUAGUAUGGUCACCGCCAUGGGCUAAGAUCGCGCCCGAGAGAGAGACUUAAAUCCCCGCUGCGAUGCUUUCUUUCUUUCUUUUUAAGUUCUCGGAACGAGAGGUACGUUGAUAAAUCCUUGCCUUGCUAAGAGGCGAGAGCUCUUUCCCCUGCACAGAAAUGGACAAGGGCACAGAAAGAAAAACGAAAUCUUUAAAAGUUGGACGGAGGCGUAGAAACGAAAAAACCCCCCCACCCCCAAGCAACUGUCGCGGGGAGUUGAACUCUUGGGCGCUUUCCUCAAGUGUCUUUUUGCGUCGCCAACCACCACAUUUGGGGUCCCAUUUGUGAAUAAACCAUUCUGACGCAAGUCCACUCUUGAACUGGGUUUCUAGGGUCGUGAAGAAGAGAUGGCAGGCCGCCCCCUCAACCUCUCCCCCCACACUCGCUCCCCCAAAGACAAGCAGAUUGAUGCUGAACACUGUAUAACUUAUAUUGUAAGAAAUACUGUACAUUUUUGAAGAACACUCUUGACAUCUGCUUAGCUGUGUAAAAAAAAUUAAAAAAAAGGAAAGGAAAGGAAAGGAAAAUGGCUUGUUGGUCAAGGCACCACAAAUGAAAUACUGAGUUGAAUGUUUUCCUGGUACGGACUGCGAAGAACGAAGUUGGACGGCAAAUGGACAAACUGCCACUUGCAUUUUUUUGUUUUUUGUUUUUUUUCUCUCUCUCUUUCUCUCUCUCUGUCUUCACUCACUGGCUCAAGUUGUUUUGACGCAUUAAAAAAUAAAUUAAUCCAAGUUGUAGGCAAGUCAUGCAUUCCAGGCUACGGGGCCUCUGAACAAUAGGGGAGGUUUUUUUCUUUUUCUUUUUGAAGGGUUUCAGGGCAGUUGGUGUGACAUUCAGCUUGUAGCCGCGGCGAGUUUGUCCAGGCCUUAUACGCAUUGUGAACAAGUUCCUGUAAUUGUUGUUUGUAUGUAUAAUUCAAAGCACCAAAAUUAAAAAAAAAAACACCGAGAUGUAGAUUUAUUUCAUCCUAUGAUACAGACUGAAUGGUUGUACAAAUUUUACUUACUGCUAGUGUUAAGAACUGCGCUUUUGAUUUUGUUUUCAUAUUUCCCCCCUCUUUUUUUGGAGAAUAAACUAGAUUAAAUUCUGUUGA